AUGCCACUCCAGACGCCCAUGUCCGCGCUAGGACUCCCCCAGACGCGGCGCCACAACGUCGUCUCCACAGGCGUCACGAAAGCCGCCGCCGAUCGACAGCGCCGCGUGAUUGCGAGCGCGACGCUCGCUGCGCUCUGUCUGUGUGUCCUGAUGAUCUGGCGUCUCUCUAUGCAGCUGCCGUCGUCCGAGGUAUCGUCUCUCCACGCAGGAUCGCUGUACCCGACGGUGGUGCCGCCUCACGUCGAGCCAUGGCGGCAUACUGCACAUACAGUGUCAGUGGUCAACGAAGAUCAGGCGAGUAAUUACGUGGAGAAGCAGCGCAAGGCGAGCGGUCUGCACGACGAGAAGCAGAUUGUACUGGUGCUCACUCAUUUCCGAGACAGCGACGCAUGUGCUCAAGCGCUCGUGGACGCGCGUGCGACGGCAUUCUCAGCUUCGCGUGUGCACUUUUGCGUGUUUGAGGAGCUCUAUCUGACACAAGAGACGACGUGUGUGCAGCGCUUCUGCGAGUGGCAGGAGAGCGACUGCAAGCAGCUUCUGCGGUCCGGACAACUGCGCGCACAGAGGAGAGACGCGUCAGGAGCAGUUGGUGCACCUGUUGCGCGAUACUUGGCUGAAGGAAUGGUCCAGCCCGAGUUUAUAGACGCCUUUUACCUCUCGAUUGAUCCAGCAGUUGUGGUGUUCACACAGAUGUGGGACCUCGUGCUGCUUAAGCAAUGGUACAGUGUGGGCAAUGACAUGGCCAUCUUGAGCGUCGCGCCCAAGUCGAUUGAUGUGCGCGGACUGACGAACUCGACCAUGCUCGUCCAGUGCUCGGCACGCAUUCAUUCCAAGUCGGAAGAUGCCGUGGUCGAGUUCAACCCUCCUGAGCCGAUCCCGCGUCAAGGUGCUGCACUGUUUGCGCCCGUGUUGCAUACACAGUACUCCGAAGUGUUCCACUUUGGCCCGGUUCGAGCACUCUUGGAUGUGCGCUCGGAUCCGCACACACCGCUGAUCUCGACCGGAUACGAGUACGCGCGAGCAACGCGCUUUUGGACUCGCGGCUACGAUUUCUACGCGCCCAACGAAGACGUGCUGUUUGGUCGAUAUCGUUGUCAGGAGCCACCGCUGCCGAUGUCCUCUGGAUCGAUUGAUGACACUACGGACAAAGAGCGAGAACGUGGGAUGAACAAGGCGAAUCGGCGAAUUCGACGACUACUAGGGCUGUCUGUUUCAGCUCAAGGUGACGACGAGCUAGAGCAGAUGGAGGCCUAUGCACUCGGUACGCAGCGAUCCAUGGCGGCGUGGCAGAAGUUUUCUGGCAUCGAUCCUCGUGCACCUUACAACGAAUCUACGACAAACCAAUUUACCCGAUGCGAUGCCGUCGCAAGCGGUCAAGUGCACCACGUUCCGUACUAA